UACGUGGGGCAAUCGUACGUUCUGCAUCGUAAUCAGUAAAGGGCAGGAAAUGAAGGCGUUUAUCGAUUUGCAAACUGAAGCUCCCUCCAAGAGGGAAUUUCAAACAGGAUGGAAGGAAGGGACAGGAAUCUGGGAGGGAACGUCAAAGGCCACACUCCCUCCUGCUGUUUCACCUCGUUCCCAAGAUCCUCCGACCACCGGGAUCUCCCUUCCAGAUCCACAAUCUCCAAUCACCUCAAAUCCCUCGGUGUCUCCGUCGCCCCGACACAGUGGUACCCCAGGGCAUGAGGGCAGGACAAUGCCAACCUCCUCCGUUACUGCCCAGGUUGGGUCACGAGACCAAGAGCUUACCCGGGUCCUUCCAGCGAUGUCCAGUUCAGACCAGCUCCAGGAGGUGACCACAGGAACUCAGGAUAAAGCCACGGACCGGGCAGACAUUCACCUGGGCAAGGGGAUGGGCACCACGCCAGGGAGGAUCAUCGCCAUGGUAACCUCCCCAUCAAAUGGCCAGGGCAGGGAGGAGAUCCGGAGUGGAGGGGUCACCCACAGUGACGGUCCCACCUUACCCGGAGGCAAAACUGUGGGAGCCGCUGCCGGGGACAGGCACCUCCGAAUUUCGGAAGACUGGAACAGACCCGCGCAGGAGGGCCCGGAAGGUCGAAGGUCACACAUUGGCUUGAUGCUGGUCUGCCUGUUCGGUGUGGCAGCUGUAGCCCUGCUCAUUUGGGCAGUGUUGGUGCGGGGAUCCGGUGGGAAGGUGGAUCGAGUGGGCGACCAUUACCUUCUGCAUCCCGGCAAAGGUAAGGAAGGUCCGCACAGCCCCUCGGGGGGCAUCUAGGUGUCCGCUACCACUGGCUCGUUCAGAAACCAAAGGGCUGGAGUUGAUGUGAGGGCCCAUUCCCACCAGGAGGAGGGGGGUUUGGGAAUGUUAAAUUAAUCUUCAAGAACGGCAUGAAUAUCCGGGAUGGAUCCCACAAGGGGAUGUGCCGUCCUCCCUACCCACUGCGAGCCUACACGUGACUCCUGCCCCGUUCCCGAUGGGGGUACGCUCUCGCCUCGGAUUACCAAGCCCCGGCUGCCGUGCCCCGAAUGCAAUCCCUCUCCUACGCGCCCC